AUGAAGAAGAAGCAGAAGCAAAAACAGCAGCAGAGGCAAAGAGAGAGCAACAACGGCUGCAGCUGCAGUAGCAGCGGCAAGCACAACAACAACAACAACAACAAUAGGCAAGCGCCGGCAGCAGCAGCACCAACAACAACAACAACAACCAGCAACGCCAGCAGCAGCAACAAUAAUAACAAUAACAACAACAGCAGCAACAACAACAAAGAUCACAACAGCAGCAAACUGAACACAGCAAACAUGUCGAAAACAACAACAGCAACUGCAACAUCAACGGCAGCAGCAGCAGCUGCGGCAGCGCAGGCAGCGGCAGCGGCAGCAAAUAAUGCAGCCGAUUUCAGUGCAUUUGAUUUUAAUGAUAGCUCGGAUAAUUCCGAUACGCCUUUAGUGCCACGCGCCUUUCUCAGUCGCGCCGCCGCAGCAGCAGCGGCAGCGGCAGCAGCAGCAUUGGGCGCCAGCAGCGGCAGCAACAGCAGCAGCAGCAGUCACCAACAGAACAGCAGCAACAACAACAAUACUAAUAAUAUUACAAAUAAUGAUAUUAAUAAUAUUAGUAGCAACAACAACAACAACAACAAUAAUAACAAUGCCAACUCGGAGCAACAACAGUUUGCACAGCAGCAGCAGGCACAACAACAACAGCAACAGCAGCAGCCGCAGCAGCAGCAGCUCCCAAAGCAGCGACGACAGCAACGGCGGCGGCAUCGGGCAGCGGCAGCACAGGCAGCUGCGGCAGCGGCAGCGACAGCGGUUGUGGCAGCGGCCGUCAAUGCGCUGCACAAUGGCAAACAACAGCAACAACAACAGCAACAGCAGCAGCAGCAACAGCAGCAGCAACAUCACUACAACAAUAAUAACAACAACAACGGCAGCAGCAGCAACAACAACAACAAGCAGCGCGAUCGUGAGCUGGAGGAGGAAGAGGAAGAGGAGCAGCUGGAAGAGGACGAAGAUGAUUACGAUGAUGAGGAUGAUGAUGAUGAAGAUGCCAUGGAUCAACACAACAACAAUAAUAACAGCAACAACAAUAACAAUAACAACAAUAAUAAUAACAACAACAGUAACAGCAACAACAACAACAUGCUUGGUCUGGCUGCGACGCCGGCUGCGCUGCCAGCAGAUCUGCGCCACGCCCACGAUCACAGUCACAGUCAACAGCAGGCGGGCUACGAUGAUGACGAUGACGAUGAUGAUGAGGACGACGACGAUGAUGAUGAUGAUGACGAUGCAGCGAGCAGUCAUUUGGACAGUCGCCCGGCGUUGACGUCGACGCAUCUGGGCAGCGCUGCUGCCGCCGAGAGCAGCGGCCUGCAUAUGAGCGCCGUUGCAGCGGCAGCGGCAGCAGCAGCAGCGGCCGCGGCAGCAGCCAAAUUGAAUGCAGCUAAUGUGGCAGCUGCCGCACAACUUGAGCAUCACAGUCAAAAUGCAACAACGGUGCUGGAUAUGGUAAGCAGCGCAGCCGCUGCCGCUGCCGGCGCGGGCAGCAUGGGCAUUGGCAGCAUUGCAGCGUCAAGCUUAAUCGGUGGCAACAGCAACACCAGUUUCUCUACCAACAACAACAGCAAUCAUGCCUUGAACAACGAGCUGCAGCAGCAACAACAACAGCAGACGUCACGACACAGCAGCAACUCACAUCAGCAACAACAUCAGCAGCAGCAACAGCAACAACAUCAACAGCAACAUCAUCACCAGCCACAGCAGCAACAACAUCAACAACAGCAACACCAGCAACAUCAGCAGUCGAGCGCCGGCAGCGGCAGCGGCAGUGGCAGCGCUGCCAGCGAACGACGCAAAUAUCGACAUCAGAACUACAGUAAAAACAUAUACAUCGGCACCAAAAACGCCGAGAAAUGGGAACACAUGAGAACGCGACUUCAGUUCAAGAACGAUGUUGAGUUCGUUGCGUAUCUUCUCAAUUUGGCCGACAACGAUACGGAUCGACUGAAUAAUCUGCCACCACCGUCGCCCGCCCACACGCCCACCAAGGGAUUCGAUGGCAAUUUCAAGCUGGAGCCAAAUCUAAGCGUCAAGGAUUUUGCGCCGCCAUCGGAGAAUCUCAAUCUCAAUUUAAAUCUGAGUCUCAAUGGGAAUGGCAAUGGCAAUGGGAAUGGAAACGGGAAUGGGAAUGGGAAUGGUAGCUUGGAGUCGCUUGGGGGCGGUGUUGCAAUGGCCACGCCCACGCCGCCGCAGCGCAAGCGGUACAAGAAGCGGGUGCAGUUCACCACCGAUGCGCUUAACGGCUAUGCUGGUGGCAAGGUCAAAGGUGGCGCCACAGCGGCCACAGCUGGCUACAACAACAACAAUAACAGCAGCAGCAACAGCAACAGCUUUGGCAGCACCACAAAAUCCAAGAAGCAGGAGGCCAAAGCGGCCGCUGCUGCCUUGAAAGCCGGCGCCGCAGCAGCGGCUGUGGCAGCGGCAGCAGCAGCGGCGGCGGCAUCAUCGUCGGCACUGCCCGAGGUGCUCGACUGUCGCAUCGCGGAGAAAAUCAAAAGCGAAUUGGAGGCAAGCAGCAAGGAGACGUUGCCCAAUGCAUUGUGCCUCAAAAAGGCAGCAGCCGCGGCGGCGGCAGCAGCGGCGGCAGCAGCAGCAGCAGCGGCAGCGGCGCAACACAGCGAUGAGGAUGAGGAGGAUGACGAGGAGCAGCUGCAACAGCAUUCGCAUUCACAUCAACUUGCCACAUUGCCACAACUGGCGAGUGGCGUUGAUCUUGUGGAUGCGUCCAAUGCCAGCAACGGGCAAUUGGCCAAUUUCCAUGUGCGCACCAAGAAUCCCAGCAAGAAAUCGAACAAAGCAGCGGCUGCCAUGAUGCCACCGAGUAGCUACGAUGAGCCGGAGGAUGAUUCAGUUGCCGGUGUGGCGGAUGAUGACGAUGACGAUGAUGAGGAGCUGGAUGAGGAGGCGUUGGCCCGCGAAAUGAAAAUGGAGCAGAACUUUGUCGAGGAGGAGGAUGAGCAUGAUAUUGCGUUUAGAUCACAGCAAUCGUGUCGCGAAUGCUCCAUCUCCCAUGACCAUAAGCUGUGUCCACUCCGCAACGCCUGUGGCAAUGUCACCGAUGCCGUCGAUCUGGCCGAAUGGAUUGAGCGACGUAAUCUCGAGGCGUUGGCCAAAUUGAAGGCGGACGCACAGCGUCAGGCGAAACAUGGACGACCCCGACACGAUGACAUGGAUGAGGAUGACAUGGAAGACAUGGACAUGGAUGAGACAUCACAGCUAUCCGAACUGGAGACAAAGCCAUUGAUUACCUUUGCCGAGGCAUCCGUGCCGGCCGAAUUCGAACUGCACAAUGUCGAGCCGAAUGUCACCGGAGUUUUUGCCCGCACCGAGGUGAGAGCCUUCACCAAGCUGGGACCCCUCAUCGGUCAGCCGGUGCAGACGGGGGAGGUGCGCGAGGGCAGCGACAUGAAGUGGAUAUUCGAGAUGUGCGAGGCGGGAGCGGAUAAAUCGUAUCUGCUAUGCUGCGAUAAUCCCAAUGCCUCCAACUGGCUGCGAUUCAUUCGACCUGCUCCAAGCUACGAGGAUCGCAAUGUGAAUCUCGUGUCCAUCGAUCGACAAGCGUAUUUUGUCAGCUGUCGAGAUCUACGCAAUGGCAUGGAGCUGCUCUACUGGAGCGACGACUGCAACACCAUGUGGCGGAAGAAACACACCGAGAAGACCAAUUGUGGCGGCUGCAAUCUGAAGUUUGAGCAUCCGUUGUAUUAUCGCACACAUUGCUCAGUUUUUCACGAUCCAUCGAUGAGUCUGACCAUAAGGAAGUAUCACUGUAAGGUGUGCGGGGAGGCGGUGCUGGGGAAGGACAACAUUAUGAAGCAUGCGGCGGAGAAGCAUGAUGGCAAGGGGGCGUAUCAGUGUCAGUUCUGCAACAAGUUCUUCCUGCGGCUCAACUAUCUGGAGAUGCAUCGGACCUACGGUUGUGCCUCGAAUCCGAAUCGAUCGCGACCCGUUUGCGAUUUUUGUGGUCGCAAAUUUUGUCAGCCGCAAAAGCUGAAGGCGCAUAUUAAGCGUGUGCAUAGCGAUAUGGCUGAAGUUUUACGAGAUUUUCAGUGUAAAUUAUGUUCAAAACUUCUAGGAUCGCGUGCGGCAUUGCAGCGCCAUUCGAAGGAGGUGCACAGUCGCAACUCAACAGUGGUGAGUUGUCCCCGCUGCCAGAAACUCUUCCAGAAUCGCAGCAAUCUGAAGAUCCACAUGCUAACGCAUUCGGGUGUGCGGCCAUUUAAGUGCGCGGAACCGGAGUGCAAUGCCGCAUUCACGACAAAACAGUGCCUGCAAUUCCAUUAUAAGAAGGUGCACAAUUAUACGCAGGAACAGAUGCCGAAGAUCGAGAGGAGUGUGGCGUACACGUUUGAUGCGUAUUCGGGUGGAAUGAAGGUUGACUUUUUGGAGCAAGCACCGCGGCGACGACGAAAGAGUCUCGAGGAUCAGAAUCAGAACUCCAUGUUGAGCAGCUCGAUGCAAAGCGACACCGAGUACAGUGACGACAACAUCUUCGAGGCGAUCAAGAAGAGCGGCAAAUCCAUCAAGGAUCUGUGUCGCAAUGAGCCGAAUCUCUCGCUGCUCAGCUCAAAGAUCUCCAGCAUUUUUGGUGAGAAGGUGCCAACGGUGGCGCCAACGCCGACAUCGGUUAAUCCCGGCAUGUCCUCUGGUCCAUCCGGUGUGGGAAGGAAGCGCAAGCGCAAGAAGGAGCCGACAGCAACACAUGCCGCCCAGCAGCAACAUCAACAACAGCAGCAGCAGCAGCAACAGCAGCAGCAACAACAGCAGCAGCAACAGCUGCAGCAGCAGCAACAUCAGCAACAGCAGCAACAACAACACGCCCAACAAUGCCACCAACAGCAGCAGCAGCAGCAACAACAACAGCAGCAACAACAGCAGCAGCAGCAACAACAACAGCUUCAUGGCGGACACUUGGAUCAAUCGCCAUCGCAUUUGUCGCAUCAGCAUCAACAGCAGCCGCAGUACCACGCCCACACUCACAGUCACGCCCACGCGCAUGCACACGCCCACCAGCAGCAGCAGCAACAACAGCAGCAGCAGCAACAGCAGCAGCAGCAACAACAGUCGGCAUCGCAUCAUCAGCAACAAUUGCACGAUCCCGAUGAUGAGGAGGAGAAUGUGCGCUUGGAGCAAGUGCGUCGCAAGCAGAAUGCACAGCUGAGUCUGGUUGAGUCCUUCCUCACAACGACAGCGCAGCGACUGAGCGCACAGCAACAGGUGCAACAGGUGGUUGCAGCGGCAGCAGCUGUCUCUGCCAUGGCGGGAGCUGGCGAAGAUCCCGCCAAAUUGGGUCAUAUGAUGGGACACAUGGGCGGCGUCGGCGUCGGCGUUGGACUCGAUGAUGAUGAUGACGAUGAUGAGGAUGAUGAUGAGGCGACGGCGCAUCAUCAUCACCAUCAUUCCCAUCAAUCGCAUCCGCAUUCGCAUUCACAUCCGCAUUCGCAUUCGCAUCCGCAUCAUGCACAUUCACAUUCGCAUCCGCAUCAACAAACCGGACAGCAAUCACACGGAGAUUCGAGCUAUCGCCAUGCUGCUGCCAUGAAUGCUGCUCUUGGCCAGAAUCUUGUGGUCAGCAAAGGCAGCAAGAAGUGGAUCGGCGCCGAUGAUCGUCAUCUCAGCGAUGGCAGCGAGGUGGCCAACGAUGCCACCGUCUCGGGCGGUGCCGUUGCCUGUGGCCAGCUGUCGAGUGGUGCCAGCUCUGGCCAGGAUUUGGGCUUCGCCGUGCCGCCCAGCGCUGUGGAUGAGCACAGUAAAUUGCUGGGACAGAAUCGUGACUUCCUGGCGAGACUGAUGAGCAGCGCCAGCGCCAGUCAUGCCAGCCAUCAGCAUCAGCACAGCGCCCACAGCCGCGAGGAGGAUGAGAACAGUUCCUUCCUCGACGUGGUCGAGUCCAAUAAUAAUGCAGCAGCUGCUGCUGCCGCUGCCGCCGCCGCUGCCGCCAUUGGCGGUGGCGGUGGCGGAGGUGGUGGCGGUAGUGGUGGCAGUGGUGCCAACACGGGUGGACAUACACCCACUGGUGCAACCACAGCGCCGAGCAGCGUUGAACCGCCGCAAAUGCAAAUGAACUCGCUCAGCCAUUCGCAAUCCUUCAUGAGCUCCUUCUACAACAACGCCAAUGCAAGACUGAGCGGCGCCGGCGCAACUGUUGGCGUCGGCGUCGGCGUUGGCGUCGGCGCCAACUCAUCCUCUGCCAGCAUGCUGGUCGAGGCGGCCCUCAACUCCGUUGGCAAUAUGAUUGACAGCGAGAGCAGCGAUCUGAAGGUACCCACCGAGAACCACAUCAACAGCGACAGUCCGAUGAGCGCACACGUGGAUGCGGAGUCACAGCGGUUUGGCAGCGGCGGCGGAGCGAAUGGAGCAGGGAUUGGGGCAACGAUGGAUAAUCUGGAGAACGAGCUGAAGAUGAUGAAGAAUCUGGGCAGUUUUCCGAUGCAGAUACCGCCGUUGCCGAUGUUCCAGGGCGCUUGCAACAUAUCGCCGAGCGCAUCGACGCCAACGAAUCCGCAGAGUAAUCAGAACCAGAACGAUGUCGAUGUGGAUGCGGGCAGCACACCGCGACCACAGCAUCCCGACUCCGAUGGCUUCUCCUCGUCGCAUCAUCGAACGCCGCCGUCACCGCCGCCGAUAUCGCCGGGUCGGGACUAUGGCGGCAUGUUUGGAGCAGGUAACGGCGCAGGAGGUGGACCCGGAUCGAAUAGCACACCGGCGGGCAGCUCGAGUGGUGGCGGUGGCGGUGGUGGUGCACCCACCGCUGGUGGCAACAAUUUGUCGGCCUCGUCACCGUUGCCGGCAUUGCAGCCGCAACGACGCAAUGCAUCCAGCGUGGGCAGCACAUAUCCCGAGCACGAGCUCAUCUCACCCGCCUCCUCGCCGAGCAUACCCCGCUACAACUUCAACGGAGACAUGAUGCGUCACAAGCGCGCCGUCCAGGAGCAGGAGCAGCAGGAACGACGCCACAACAUCUCGCGGCACAAUCAAAUGUCCAGCGAUGAGGAGAACAGCAUCAUGCCACAGAAUAGUGCUGGCCAGGAUAUGCGCAUGAAGUUCCCGCAAUCGCAAAUCGAUCUCAUGUACUCCAAGUACGAGAGCAUGGCCAGCAAUCUGAAGUACAACAGCCAGGAUCUGGACUCACCCGCCGAAUACCGGCAGAGCAGCAACAGCAGCAAUGUGGCAAGUGCAGCGGCAGCCGCUGCAGCAGCCGCAAGUGCCGCCAAUGAUAUGUCCGAUCUGCAGGGAUUAGAUAUGAGUUCGCGCUCGAAUGCGUCGAGUAAUUACCAUCAUAAUUUUCAGCUGCCUAGCAGCCGUUAUCAUCAUCAUAUCUAUGAUAUAUUGUCGGAUCGGGAGCAGAGUCAGCAGUCGCAGACGCAACAACAGACGGCGGCAUCCGUGGUGCAUCAACAGGAGCAUGCAUCCCAUGGUGGACACAGCAGUCAGCUGCAGGCGAUGCAACAGCAUCAAUCGGCCGCCAUGCAUAAUAUGCUGAGCGAGCAGUUGGGCGAACAGGAGCAUGAUCAGACCACAUCGGUGGAUCUGAGUCGGACAGCCAACUAUGUGGUGUCAUCGCCGCCACAAUUGCCAUACAAUCAUCCGCAUCACGAUAUGCUGAGAAUGGCAUCGUUGGAUCUCACACCGAAUACAGCCAACAUGACUGUGGGCAACAAUCGAUCAUUUCUCUCCUCCCAGAUGCAGCACCAAAGUCGCGAGAGUCUCGAGCAUCAUCGUCUGCUCUCAACCGUGGAACAGCAUCGUAUAUUGGCCGCCUCGAACGCCGCUGCAGAUCCACAUCGUCUCCUGGUCGAUCCCACGGCACAUUUGCUGAUGGAGCAGAAUAAUCGAUUGCUCGGCACUGCGGAUCAGUCACGACUCCUUGGCGAAUCGGCGGCGGCAGCUGCUCAGAAUCGUCAUAUGGCGAGAAGUUUCGGGGCCUAUCAUCAGGUGGCAUCCAGUAAUUAUCAUCCGGGUGUUAGGCCGCCUCCGGUGUUGCCAUCAGCCAAUCACCAUGCUUCCAAUCCGUCGAAUUAUCAUCCAUUUCCCGCCUACUACUAGUAGGUGGCGCCAUCUGGCGGCCAGUACCAAAUCCAAAACCCCAAAAUGCACAGCUAGUCCAAAACCACAAUAUCUCUAUACUACAGUUUCUAUCCCAUUAAAACCCGAUAUAGAUAUUAUAAACUAUAUCCUAGAUAUACGAUUCUUUCUAUAAUUUAUACCAAUUGGAGAAGGAUGCGGACUAUAGCUAACCGGGACUAAAGUGCAAUUCAAAAUAUCCCCCCGUCAACGCCACUGGCAGCCACAGUACCACAUACUUAUAUAAAAGUACUAUUCGUGAAUUCUUCAGUUAAAUUUUAAUAUAGUUCAAUUUCAAGCGCAAAUAUGUUUUAAACGUAACAAUGUUUUGGUUCCUCGGUUCUAUUCGCAUGUAAUUCAACUAUCAAAGCCGCUAAUUAUUCAUCUUAAGCUAUACGAAAAAAUA